UUCGGGACUUCAGUCUGUUCUGGUUGACGAUUUCAGGUGGACGAUAGGCACGGACGGUCUGCCGCCUCUGCGAAUAACCGACUUUUCAACCGGCGGUCUCCCGUUCCACGCCUUCCGAGUCGAAAACUACAUUUUCAAACGAGGCGCGGUGCAGCGCGCGGAUUUUGUUUCGGAUCGGACUUUGUCGAGUGAUUACAGCUACGACCGGUGUUUUGAAUAAAACUGGAACGUAAGGAGGGAGGGAAAACAGUGUGCAUCCCGUGAAGCAGGAAGAUCACGAUAUAUGGAACCACCCCAUGGAUAGUAACAUGUCUACAGCCUUCGCACAUCGGGGCAGCAGCGGCUCGGCCAGCACUUCCAGCAGCGGAACCGGAACUGGAACAGGUUCCGGGGGGCGAGUCGCAGUGGUUGGCGUCACGAGAAGCGUCCGUCUCAGAAAACGCGGUUCUUCAGGUUUCGGAUUUUCACUGCGUGGUGGCCGGGAACAUGCCGCAGGAUUUUACGUCAGCGAAGUGCAGCCUGGCGGUGAAGCACACAGAAAUGGCCUCAGGGUUGGUGACCAGAUAAUAAGAGUGAACGGAUACCCGGUGGAAGAUGCUGUCCAUCAGGAGGUCGCGCUUCUCGCCCGAACACAGCAGGUUCUAGUACUGAAAAUUAGAAGCGUUGGGAUGAUACCAGUCAAAGACAAUCCGAACGACCCAGUCACGUGGCACAUGGUACAACAGCAAUGCGAGAACGGUUCGAACAUCCUUCCGCUGAGCACAGAGAUUCGAGUACGAGUCCUGGUGGGAUCCAAGGGCCGUCUCGGAUGCGGUGUUUGCAGAGGACCCAACCCCGGCCUCACGGUCCAGGGCACGAGAGAAGGGGGCGCCGCAAGAGCGGCGGGUCUGAGGCCCGGCGAUGUGAUAGUAAAGUGCAACGGACACCGUCUCACGGACGUGCCCUUCGAGAAGGCCGUCGAAGUUAUGCGGGGCUCCGGAGUCCUGGACCUCGUCGUUAAUCGUCCGACCUACUUCACGCCGGACCCGGGAGAAGCGAUUUUCCGGGGAUCGAACGGCUACGAUUCCGGCAACUCGAGUCUCCUCGAAUCCAGUUCUUUGCCACCGGCUUUGCAGGGGCCGCCGCCGCCGCAAGCGCCGAUCCCGGGUCGCCACGUCUAUCCGCAGAACCAGGGACCCUGCACGAGGAAUCCAACGCGACCCAGGACCGGCUCCAGGGAAGUUCAGUGGGCGGAUAUCGACGGCAAGGGUGACAGAACAUGUUGUCCUUUGGCUUCGUCGACCGAAAGCUGCAGCUCUUCGGGAUCAUGGAGACACAUAGAUCAGAUGGCGGAGUGGACUCGGAAGCCGAACAACACGACGGUCAUUCGCGUAAAUCAGCGCCAGGGUGACCCCAGUCCUUACCUAGGAAAAGGACCACAUUUGGGGUAUCGUGCAGGCGACUACGAGGAUGAGGAACCACUCUAUGAUCCGGUCGCCGUAUCCCGAGGUGGGUACGAGUCGCAUUACUUCGAGGCAGAUGGCGAGGUCGAAGGGCGGCGACCGGAUGGCAUGGAUGCCAAUGGGGUCCGCAGUCCCUUAUAUGACCCAGUAGCUGGAGGCUACCAUGACCCGAAGGAUGAUCUUCGGGAAGGCAGCCGCUUGGCUGAGUUGCAGUUCAUUCAAAAGCAGAAAGAAACGGAAACCAAAACUAUAACAACUGUCGAGGUGCACCACGCCAUUUGUCCCCCACCACCACCUUGUAUGCCACCACCUGGUUCCUGCAAAUGGCCAGCUGGACAGUACGCCGAUUCGAAACCACCGAUGAGUGCCGUUGGCGGUCAGAUGGGGAGCACCAUGUCCAUGGGAAGCACCGGCUCAACCGAGACUGAAUCUAGCUUAGAGUCAUCCUGCGGCAAGGAUUCCGCCUCGACGUCUUCGUCCUCGUCGACGUGUGAGCCGGCCUCGUCGUCCUCCUACGUAUCCGUAUCGGCCAGAAAACUCCUUGACGAUCCGGAACCACCGAACAGCAUCCCCGCACCACCUGUCGCACCUCCCUUCCCUGCCGCAGCCGCCAACAUCGAUCUGAGCUCUGCAAUUGCCCAAGAACUACAGAGGCGAGCACAGAAAGCGAGGGCCACACAAGACAAGUCGAAAGCACAAGAGGUGCGAAAUUCGCGGCUGGUGGAACCGUCUAAAAUUUCACCGGCUCACGAACAGAAAAUCACUCAUGAUAAGUUGAUGGAGGAGUUCAAACGCGCCCACCAAAGAAUGUUCAACUGUAAACGGAACGGAGAAGCCAACGGCGAUGACGAGCAGGCAGCUGCUGCACCGAACAACGCUUCGACUCCGGCUGCCGAAACUUCGGAACAGGAACGUCGUGUCAACGGCGUAGUGCGACGCCAAAACCCCGGCGCCCCGACGCCGCCGCCGCCGCCACCUCGCGGAGUAACAGCUCAAAAACCAAAAACAAACGCGAGUGACGACGCUGUGGAAAUGCAGAGCAUAGAGUCGUUCAAAUUGAAGGAGCCGCAGAGCGUCGCGACGCCGAAGCCACCGUCAACCUACUUCCCGGCAUCCCGGGAUGAAUCAGACAGCAGCACCCGACGAACCGGAAGUCCAACGGGGAGCGGGGAUACGAAAAAGCAGCAACAGCCGACGGUGCCGAUGGCGCCUAGCAUGCCGAACGGGGCAGCAGCACCGGUCAACACCGUCGUCGGCAAGGGGAAAGUUGCCAUCAGGAUAGGUGCUUAUUCGGGCGAGGCGAAGGCACCGUCGAAAUUGGACUUUUUGGGGGGCCAACCGCCGACGGGGACUCCGACGCCGACGCCGAUAGCCAAGGGGGUUGAAACGACGGAUUCGGCGCCGGUAGCAUCGCGUCUUCAAAACGAAUUGGCGGCCACGCUGCAGAGGUCGAAUUUAAGAAAAAAGACUGACGGGGAGAACGCUACUGCAAGACCGGUAUCGAACAACGCGGCAUCCCCGACUAGAUUCGGUGCUGAAAAUCCAGCGAUUAUAACGCAAAGCAAUGUCGAAAGGUUGGCUGCUGUUCUGAGUAACAAGGUUACCAUAAAGAUCAACACAAUCGACAGUGUCUCGCGACAAGAUUAAAUUUCUAGAUGUAUUCAUUUGUAAAUUUUGCUAUACAUAUAUAAAUAUACAUCAUAUUAGUCUAUACAUAUAUAGGUAAUGUUAUCAAUAUUAUAUACAUAAUUAUAUACGCAUUUACAAUUUUUUAUAUAGAUAUAUACUUUUUUUGUAUUAUUUAUUGCUAGGUAUGUAUACAUAUAUAUACUGUAUGUAUUGACCAAUGGAACCUAUUUAUAGGCAACUAUCAUUCUUAUGAUUAUUAUUACUAUUAUUAUUACCAUUACUACGUUUUACGAUUAUGCUUAUUAUUCUUUUUAAUUAUAUUAUUAUCACUAUAUAUCGCACAUAUGUAUGUAUGUGGUACGUCGUAUCAAUUAAUACAGGCAUUGCUAUAAUAAAGGAUGUAUACAUGA